GCCUGGCCUGGCUGAGGGGAGGUGGCGGGCGGGCGCGAUGGCGGAGGCCGGGCCACAGGCGCCGCCGCCCCCGGGCACCCCAAGCCGGCACGAGAAAAGCCUGGGACUUCUUACCACUAAGUUCGUGUCGCUUCUGCAGGAGGCCAAGGAUGGUGUGCUUGACCUCAAGCUGGCAGCCGACACCCUCGCUGUGCGCCAGAAGCGGCGGAUUUACGACAUUACCAACGUGUUGGAAGGUAUUGGACUGAUAGAGAAAAAAUCCAAGAACAGCAUCCAGUGGAAGGGCGUGGGGCCUGGCUGCAAUACCCGGGAGAUUGCCGACAAGCUGAUUGAGCUCAAGGCAGAGAUCGAGGAGCUGCAGAAGCGGGAGCAAGAACUGGACCAGCACAAGGUGUGGGUGCAGCAGAGCAUCCGGAACGUCACAGAGGACGUGCAGAACAGCUGCUUGGCCUACGUGACUCAUGAGGACAUCUGCAGAUGCUUUGCUGGAGACACUCUUCUGGCCAUCCGAGCCCCUUCAGGCACCAGCCUGGAGGUGCCCAUCCCAGAGGGUCUCAAUGGGCAAAAAAAGUACCAGAUUCACCUGAAGAGUGUGAGUGGCCCCAUCGAGGUGCUGCUGGUGAACAAGGAGGCAUGGAGCUCACCACCUGUGGCUGUGCCUGUGCCACCACCUGAGGAUCUGCUCCAGAGUCCACCUGCUGUUUCUACCCCUCCACCUCUGCCCAAGCCUGCCCUAGCCCAGCGCCAGGAAGCCUCACGUCCAAGUAGUCCCCAAUUGACCACCCCCACCCCUGUCCCUGGCAGCAGUGAAGUCCAGGGGGUGGCUAGCCCAGCAGCUGAGAUCACAGUGAGUGGAGGCCCUAGAACUGAUAGCAAGGACAGUGGUGAGCUCAGUUCACUCCUGCUGGGCCCGACAGCACUGGAUACUCGGCCACUGCAGUCUUCUGCCCUGCUGGACAGCGGCAGCAGUAGCAGCAGUAAUAGCAGUUCAUCUGGACCCAACCCUUCUACCUCCUUUGAGCCCAUCAAGGUGGACCCCACAGGCGUUCUGGAACUCCCCAAAGAGCUGUCAGAAAUCUUCGACCCCACACGAGAGUGCAUGAGCUCAGAGCUGCUGGAGGAGUUGAUGUCCUCAGAAGUGUUUGCCCCCCUCCUCCGUCUUUCUCCACCCCCUGGAGACCACGAUUACAUCUACAACCUGGACGAGAGUGAAGGUGUUUGUGACCUCUUUGAUGUGCCUGUUCUCAACCUCUGACUGACAGGGACAUGUCCUGUGUGGCUGGGACCCAGACUGUCUGACCUGGGCGCUGCCUGGGGAUCUCCCCCCAUCCCACUCCUACACAGCUUAAGAGCCACAAGUUCCUGGCUUCCCCAGCCUUCCUUCACUGCACAGUUCUGGCCACAAAUCCUGCUCCUGCACUGGCACUUGUCCUGUGCUAGCAAAGCAGGGGAAUGGGGCUCAGCCCCCUCCACCUUGGAGCCAAAGUGUUUACUUCUUCUUUUCUGGGGCUUUCCAUAGCCCAUGCAUGGCUGCCACCCAGUGGCACAGUAUUGAGGACCCGCCAUCACUCCCAUAGGUCCAGCCCCACUGCCCUGCACCUGCCAGCUAACCAGCCCCUCUCCCCCUAGGAGGGAAGGGUGGGGUGGAGCUGGGCACUUGCCAGCACCCUCCCACCCCCAGCUUCCUUCGCUGCUCCCCAUCCCCUGACCCAACAGCUCCUCCUGGACCUCUCAUGUGCCCCCUUCUACUGGGCCCUUGGCCCUGAGAACCUGUAGGUGGUGGUGGUGGGGUGCUGACAAGAAGGAACAGAGGUCUCUAGCUAGGAAUUUGGGUGGGUCUGUACUUGAGGAUUGGCCCAACCUCCACCUACCCUAUGCCCCCCCCUUCAUUUCCAUUUAUUCAUUUACCCUCAUUUAGAGCCAUUUGCAGAGAUUUAGAAAGAUUUACAGUAACGAAUGGAUUCCUAUAUAAAGAUUAUUUUUAUACUUUUUGAGCAAAAGGAAAUUGUAAUAUUUGUACAGUGUCCAAGUGAAUAAAGACCAUGCCUAAGGCUA